AUGAUAUCUCUUCUAUACUAUGUUAUAUCUGGAUCUCUUACCAAAAAUCUCUUAGUAAUGAGUCAAAAGCAAAACUUGAUGAUACAAGUUGAAAGUCUUUUUCGUAUUGAAUUCACAGCUUGUCCGUUUGUGAUCAUUCUCAAUGAAGUCAAUGCCAUUAUACGCCAAAUGUCUAGUGAUAUAAAUGCACGAGAGUCUGAGAAUGCAAUGUGUGAUAUCUUAAUAUCUGCGAGAUAUGUUUUGGCCAUAGAUGCCUUUGCGAAUAAGUCAAUAUUAGCAUUUUUUAAAGCAUAUUGUGGUGAAGACAUUCAUAUAAUUGAUAAUAGAUACCAGUCUCGUGUGGAUGAGAUGGUUAAAAUUCUUUAUGAUCUCAAUAGUGAAGCUAAAGCUAUAAGAAUAGGAUAUGACCUUUUGAGGCAAGGAAAACGUGUGGCAUUUGUAUCUACUGGAGCAGUGAUGGUUAGAGCGUUAGUAGAAAAAGCAUCUAAGUUAUCUAAAUCUGAUAAUUCACCUGUUAGAGCCUGUGCAUAUUAUGGGGAUAUAGAUGGGAAGCAAAGACAAAAAGACUUUUCCAAUAUUAAUAAUAUCUGGGGCAAACUCGACUGCGUGGCUUAUACAAAUAUAGUGGAAGUAGCAAAGCUUGAAAGUGCUCAACCUAAUAAUUUGCCUACAGUAAUAAAGGGACAUUGUGAAUGGAAUAAUAAUAUUAUUUCUUAUAAAGUUGAUUCGUCUCCAGCCGUAAUAACUUUUAUUGAAGUCGAGCAUCAGAAACAUUUUUCUGCAAGAUAUUUUAUUGAAAAGCUUUAUAGUCUCAUAGCUAAUGAGAGUCGAGGAGUUAUAGGGAAUUACAAAAGGGUUCACAAUGAGAUUAGGGUUGAAGCAUUAGUUAUUAAAAAUACAGAUUUUAACGCAAUUGCUACUUUCUGGAAUCUUAGUCCUGAAAAAGCUGAAGUCCUUAAAUUUGACCAAGAGCGUUCUAUCGCAGAUAUUAUAACACUUAAACGUUUUUAUAUGCAGAUCCUUUAUUGUAAAGACAUGCAAAGUUAUGAUAAGAAGGGUGCAAUGAAGGGAUUAAAAGCUGAAGAAAAUAUACAAUGGGAAAUUGCCUGCUAUAGAGCUGAAGAGAAUCUGAAAAAUCAGUAG